GCUAUUGAGCGGAUCAAUCCGCGCUAAAGAGCUCUGAGCUGCGGAUCAACGGCCGCGCGCUGAGAAGUUAACGAGAUGUGACAGAAUUCAACAACAAACGAGAUUUGUUCCGUUUCCCGCGAAGAUUUGGAGUAAAGUACCGAAUGAUCUGCAGCUCGACUCCCGUCACAGAAACGGUUCCUGCGCGAACGUUUCACGUGAGGUCAGAGCUGCCGUGAGCGCGCGGGGGAGGGGGUGCGCGUGUGUUUAUGUGGUGUAGUGGGGGGGUGCUCACAGCCGUCGCGGGCCCUCCACCAAAAUGAAGACCGACGUCACCGCUUCCGCCCCCUCCUCCCCCUCCCCCCCGCCGUUGGCGCCGCUCCUCUGCGAUCCAACAUGGAGUAGAGCGAUGGGGCUCUAGCGGGGCCACCCCUCCAGGCGACGGACGCGCUCCUCUGCUGCACACGCACGACUCGGAGCGGAGGAAAACGCUUUGGCGCUUCGGCCUCCGGAGCGUCCACAGCUCGAGCGGGGCGCGUGCGUGCCCGCCAGCGUGCACGAGGAGAGUGGAAAUCGCCAGCCUCAAACUGUCAGUCGAAGCUUUCCCGCUGAUGGGGCCGUCGAAGUCAUAGGACGGAGGCGAUCCACGCGGGAACACCGAGCGGAGCGGAGCGGCGGGAGGCGCACAAAGGCGGCGGCGGGGAUUCAUGCGGAGUCGGAGACGGAGCCGCGGAGACGGAAUGACGAGUGAACAGAAUGCCGCCGCCGCGCUCCGGUCCCUGAGGUGAAACGGAAACAUGAUAGAGGAAAGCCUCCCGAACGAUGACAGCUACAUCGUGCGUGUGAAGGCGGUGGUGAUGACGCGGGACGACUCGAGUGGCGGCUGGCUGGCUCAGGACGGGGGCGCCCUGAGCAGGGUGGGGGUUUGCCGCCUCCUGCCGUCGGAGCUGGCCCCCGUUUCGGCUUCCGGUGGCUCCCAGUUUCUGAUCCGGGGCGAGCGGCUACGGGACAAACAGGUAAUCCUGGACUGUCCGCUGCGGAAGGACUUGGUUUACACCAUAGCCAUGCCCACAUUUCAUCACUGGAAGGUGGAGGACAGGAGGUGUGGCUUAUCCUUCCAGAGUCCAGCAGACGCCAGAGCUUUUGACCGGGGCGUACGGAAAGCCAUUGAGGACCUGGCUGAAGGCUCCACCACCUCGUCCACGGCGCUCCAGAACGAGGGCGAGCUGGGUGACGACGACGUCUUCACUAACACCACAGACAGCUCCUCCAACUCCUCCCAGAAGCUGGACGGAUCUCUGCAGCCGCUCGAGUCCUCGCCACUUCCGCAGAGACACAAGUGUGUGCCGAGACAUCGCCAUGACCCGCACGACCCCCAUCCACUCAUAGACCACUUCUACUUGGACCAGCAUUUGUCUCGGAUUCCUCGCCACGUCAAGUUUGAAGACGAGGAAAUCGUCCGCAUCAACCCGCGGGAGCGCAGCUGGGAGCGCGGCAUGGAGCGCGGCACGGAGCGUCCCUUUGGGCGCCAGUCAGACCGCCCCUGGCUGACCGGCUACGAGGACUACCGCCACGCCACCAUGCGGGACAAAUACAUCCACACAGACGAGUCUGAGCCCUACGUCCACUUCGACAAGACGGACGCUCAGAAACACGACUACAUGUACCCGCUGGCUCCGGCCCUGUCGCCCUCGGACUCUGACGCCCCCCUGGGACCCUUCACCACGAAGGGCCCCGCCGGCUCCUGCCGCUCAGACUUCUCCGUGGUUUCCACGCAGCCCAGCUCCGUCUUGUUGAGCUCCCCCGCCUCGUUCAGUGCCUCAAAAGGAUGUAAAGGUGGAGGCACGGAGCGCGCUCAGUGCGAGCACUGCGGGGAGUCCUUUUUCGUCUCCAACAACCGCAGAGGCCGGUGCCAGGACGCCCCGGACCCGGUGCGCGCCUGCAUCCAGCGGAUCAGCUGCAUGUGGCUGGCAGACACCAUGCUGUACCACUGCAUGUCGGACCCCGAGGGGGACUACUCGGACCCCUGCUCCUGCGACGGCGGGGAGGGCGGCGGCGGCCGCGUGGGCACGCGCUGGCUGGCCCUGCUGGGCCUGUCGCUGGUGGCGCCCUGCCUUUGCCUCUACCCGCCUCUGCACGCCUGCCACCGCGCGGGGCUGGUGUGCGGCUGCUGCGGCGGGCGCCACAAAGCCAUGAGCUGAGUCACAGACAGAGGCGGGCCGAGGGAAGGAUGGGGGCUCACGCCGCCGGGCGGGAGGGACUGACGGCCGCUCGCUCUCUUGCCUUAGUUCUCUGGGUUUUCUACAAAUUCCAGACACUGAAAGAAGCCAAAAAGAAAAAAGAAAAGAUUUGGUGCAUUUGUGAACCGCCUGGGAAGAUAAGCUCCCCCUCACGGCAGACAGUUCUCUCCACGUGGCCAUUUCAUACUCUGUUUCUACCGAGAGCAGUCUUUCAGGGGGCCUUUUUAUAGCUAACCUAUAUGUAUCACAUAUGCAGGUACUUUAUAUUGAUAUAUUUGUACACUGACUCAAAGAACUUGAAUUGUUUCUUUGUCGUAUUCUUCUAUUCUUUAUGUCUUUGUUUAUAUUUUUCCAGUUUCGGCCCCGUUCGGUUCAGCUCCAAAACAAACCCGACACUACACCUGUGUGUGUGUGUGUGAGUCUGUGUGUGGAUGUGUGUGUGGAUGCUGGCAGCCAGUGUGCUGCAGCCUCUAGUAAAGCCUGUGUAUUUAGCUCCGCCCCUUCCACAUCAUAACUGAAAGAAGAGUGGUACUCGUCUUCUAAUAUUCCAAAGAUUUGUGUUUUUUAUCCUAUUUAUUGAUCUCGAUCGCAGCGUAAAUCAGCCUCCCUAUGACUCCAAACAGUGCCUAGAAACGAACCCGAACCCACAACCUAAUGAGUCUCAUCUGACUUGACAAACACUUGAUCUCAAAGCUCUUGAUUUUAUGUUUUGAUCCUUGCAGAACUGGUUUGCUGUCAUGACAAAAACAACAACAAUCAGCUGCCAUGAAGGUUGGUGCCACAUGCCUUAAAAUGUGAACUGGCUCCAGCUUCACGUCUCUCUGAAGAUGUCUGCUACCAUGAAACGUAGGAGCACCGUUACAGCUCCAAGCAAUCAAGCAUCACCCCAUGUUUGUUGGUUUUAUAAUAAAAAAACUUUGAAAAAGAGAA